AUGACAGACUCCCACGACGACUCGUUCCGCUCUCUGACCGGCUCGCCCGAGACGGCCGAGCCUGCGUCGACCAGCACCACGCCCACGUCAACAUCGACGCCCACGCCCUCGCCCACGCCUACGCCCUCGACUCCUGCACCUGCGCCAGCCGAGAACGGGCCUGCCCCCAUGCGACACCACUCCAACAACGGCGCCCGCUCGCUGAACGUGUCGGGCUCGCAGUCGGCCGCCAACUCGCCCAUGUCCUCGCGCAACUCGUCGCCUGCACGCCACUCGCAGCGCGCAGACUCGCAGCAACCCAAGUCUGCGCGUCCCUCGCGCAAGAGCAGCAACGACGUGAGCCCCAACCGAGCCUCAAGCCUGGCCGGUCCCAGCACCACCGUCCCCUCUGCCGCGGCCAUCCAGCGCGCCCUCUCGUCUGCAAACAUUCCCCAGCUGCCGCCGGCCGCUGCAACCCAGGAGCCUUCGCGCGUUCCCAGGCCCUCCAAGUCGACCUCGGGGCCCAAUUCCGGAGACAACACUCCCCACUGGCCCGUCUCCCCCAGGCUGAAGUCUCCCCCGCCCUCGGAACGCUCUCGGUCACGCAAAAACUCGCUGCGCACCCCUCAGCAGCACAAGAAGACGGAGCCUGCCGCGCCGCCGUCCAUCAUCGUCCAGAGCUCGUCGCCUGGCCCGGCCUCUCGCAUCCCAGCCAGGGAUGACGUCGUGGGCAGCGACCCCGAAGAAGCACACCUGGGCAUGAAGCCGUCUGGCAGAGGAGCCAGCGGUGCCGCGCCCAAACUCGAGACUGUCCAGGAGUCCAGCGUACCUACGACGCCCGGCGAGGACGGUCACGAUGCACACAGCCUGCUCUCUAGCUCAGUCGCGUCCACCACGGCCGACGAAGACCAUAACAAUGACGUCACGUCGUCCAAGGUUACCGAAGAUCUUAGCGCGAGAAUCUCGAAAAAUGUCGAAAACGGCAGCGACGGCGGCGUCCGACACAAGGCAAGGUUGCAGGAGCAGCGGUCCGUUUCGACGCAGCGGCCGAACGCCCCAACCUCCAAACCCUCGUUCUCGUCGCUACACGCGGUGAAAUCGCGCACCGACGCCCCGUUACGAAACAUGACAGUCGAGACCGAGACAGUGCCGUCGGUCGCACAGACGACGAUUGGCAAUCAGGACCGCUCCACUUCGGGGCGUGGCGAUGGCAGCCUUCGUUUGAAGCCUAGCAACGAGACAAUACGCCCCAGGAAAGAGCGCAAGCCGCCAAAGCGAAAAGCGCCCUCUAUCAACUCAGGCACCGCGUCCUCCAAGGCAGAUGUAUUUGAGCAAAAGGUGGCCAGUGAGGUCAACGAGGCUGACUCCUCGGACUCUGAGGCCACCUUUAUUUAUGAGUCGAACCCUCCUGAACAACAACCGCACCGCAGCCGGCACCACCAUUCGCGUACGCCUAGCAUGACCUCCAUUGCAAGCCUGGUUGAUCCUAGGCUCGCCAUCAGGAACGAGCACAAGAACCCAGACAAGAAGCCCAGCAUGAAGUUCCCGAAUCCGUACAAUAACGCUAAUGGAGAUUACGAUGGGGAGCGCAGCGACGGCACUGUACGACUCGGUUCAGGCAGGACGAACGGCAGCCGUCACCACCAUCAUAUUGGACGACAUGGUCAAGGACGAGGAGCUCUGCAUCACCUCGUGAUGGACAGUGACUCCUCACUCGUGGGGUCUUCGCGCGCCCGUGCUCCUUCGUCACGGCAUCUGUCACAGCCAAACAGUCCGCGCUUCCAGACCUUCAACGUGGCCAACGGGAGCGGUAACGGUAAUGGCACAAAAAAGCAUGGAGAAUUGUCAACCUACGAUAUUGACACUGAGAACGCCGCCGAUGAUGAGCGGACACCACUGAUAUCGACGCGGAGCCCACGCGCGCGCACAUCACGCCAUGGACGACCAAACAGUGCCACGCUACGCCAGCUCGAACGUCGCAAUCGCCGUGGAGAAGGGAAUUGGUGCCGACGCUUCGCUGGGUGUCUAGUCGCGUCGAUCAUCAUUCUAGUUGUCAUCUUCACUGCGGUCGGCGUUGUCUUUGCCUCCACCAAGCAAUUAACUGAUCUUAAGAUACGCGAGAUCCAGAAUGUUGUGGCUAGUCAAGAAGAGAUAAUCAUGGACCUUGUGGUUGGUGCGGUGAACCCGAACAUCGUAGGAAUUACUGUGUCAGAUAUGGAUGUCAUUAUGUUCGCCAAAAGCAAGCAUGUGGGCUCUGACAAAUGGUGGCGCGAGCACGGUAAUGGCCGACCACAGAACGAAGAUGGAUGGUUACCGGUCCAGCCAUCAGCGAUCAAAAUUGACGAGGGCUCAAGCACCGCUGGCGUUGACGAAGGCACAGAUCCAAUUGAAGAACCACGGACCAUGUCGCUUGGUCGCAUCUUCCAUUUCGAUUCGCCACUCACAUUCGACGGUACAUUUUUCAAUCAUCGCCAAGUGGAAUCUGUUGGAGAGAUUCGCCUCUCAAAGCCUGGCAACAAGACUGAAGCGGGGGGAACCGAACGAUGGGAGGAAGUCCUGCAGUAUCCCUUCGAUCUCAUCGUGCGGGGCACGUUCAAAUACGAGCUCCCUCUCAGCACUCACGUUCAUAAGGUCUCGGUCACCGCCACGUAUAGUUACGAUCCCGAUGCCGAGAAGAAGAAAUUGAAAAUGAUCGAUUCAGAAGGUAUCAAGGCAAAGAGGGAUUCGUCAUCUUUACCUGUAAUAUCAGCGCCAGUGGGACGUUUCGAUCGCAGAAUGCUUCCCCUUCUGGAUUGGAACGCCCAAUAA